AUGACUGCUACCGCUGCUGUUGCUGCUCCUGCUGAUGUUAUUGCUACUACUAUUACUACUUCUUCUGCAGCUACUGUUACUGCUGUUGCUACUAUUACUGCGGUCAGUAAGAAAGCUCCUAAGUCAUUAGAUGAUCCAGACGAAUACCCUAAUUUGUUUGACGACUGGGAUGUUUCUCUUUCCCUUGAAGCAGAAAGUGGAAAAAACAGGUGCAAUUAUCCUCCUGCUGAACUGUACCCAAUCUAUGCUCAGAAAUCAACCACCAACCUUCUUGAGAAGUUUAAGAGCAUGCAAAUUGAUGAAAACGAUGAUCCAACUGAAAAUGGACAGCAUGAUCAUGAGGAGACUCUGGGGAAUGAGGAAAAUCAUGGACAAGAAGCUGUGGUUGAAGAGGAUGCUAGUUCCACAAAUGGUAUUAUUAUUUUAGAUAGUAAGGAGGAUGACGAAGAAUUGGGAGCAAAGGAUGAGAAUAGUUCACCACAAAAAUUGGACGUUAAAGACGAGAGCACUUCAGCAGAUGAAUUGGAAGCAAAGGAUGAGAACACUUCACCAUCCUAAGGUGAUGCUUUGCUGAAAGUAUGAAGUGAACAUAGGAUACAUUACCAGUUCCACAGGACAAGCUAGGUCCAGCUGUUAUACGCAUAUCUUCUGGUGAGAAAAAUGUUUCUACUUUAGCUUAUUUUUCAUUUCUGU